UUACUUCCUCACUUUUCUCUGCACCUUAUACCUACCUAGACAACCUGCAGUCAGUCUGGACUGCCGUCAGUUUACCUACAGCCUGGACUGAGUGCUCAUUCCAUCUCCACCAUUUCUAUCUCUGUGUAGAAGACAACCUGUCAAAGAGGGGGUGAGAAAGACUUUCUGCACUCUCUUUGAGAGGGGAAGAGGGCAAUAAGGUGUGCAGAUUCUUCAUGACACCCUUUAGUCUUGGUGUUGUCAGCACAGUGGAUUUUUUAUUGUCCCCUCAGCUCUAACAGGAUACACUGUGUCUCCUGCUGGGCUCAUCAACACUCUCCGGAUAUACUGGAAACAUGGCACAGGUCCAGAAAAAAACCUCAACUAUGUCCAUGACUAUCUCAUCAUGCUCGCGAGAUACGUCCUCCUCCUCUUCUUCUUCAUCUUCCUCUUCUACAAUGCUACAGCAGAGACACUCCGGUUUAGUACAGCCUCUCUGCAUUAGUCCUCGGAUGGUAAGAACAAAUGAGGUUCUGAGCCCAACCCAAUGUUCAGGGAAUGCUGGAGUAUCUCCAACAUUUGUCAAGUGUCUUCAUGAUGUGAGCACAGUGAAGGGGCAGCUGGUGGUUCUGGAGUGUAGAAUUAGAGGAACUCCUCCACUGCAGGUCUCUUGGUACAAAGAGCAUGAGCAAAUCAUCGACUCGGCAGAUUUUCGCAUUCUUAGAAAGAAGGCAAGUUCAGCUUCUGUUCCUGAGGAAUUAUGCACCCUAGUUAUAACAGAGGCUUAUCCGGAAGAUUCUGGUAUAUUUAAAUGUAUGGCAUCAAAUCGGUUUGGGACAGUGUCAUGCAGUGCCGUGCUUGAAGUUUAUACAGAUCUAGAGGAGGUUUUGGGAGAUGAGGAUGAGCCUUCUUCUAUAAGCUCAGCAGGACUAGAGCAGGAUGACCUUCCAUUGAUCCUACAGGACACACUUAUUCCCCCUCCAGAAUGGCCUGACAGUUCUGAGGAAGAGACCGCUGCCCCUUUAGCAGGGGUGCUGGAGCCUGGCAUCAAAAAAGUUACAAAGACUCUUGCUGUCACGGAUAGCAAACACAGUUUUGCCAGUCAAUCCACUAUAGAAGAAACAGAGGUCUCCUCAACUCCCAAACCUCCUCAUCCAUCAGAAGAGGUAAAAAACAGUGUGCCACAUCCAUUUUCUCUCACCAGCAAGCUGAAUAAACCAGUGGAACCGUGGGUUAGCGCCAUGAAUGUGGCUGACCUGCCCACCUUCUCACCAUCCCCUAGCGCCUUUAAUUAUGAGCGCCCCCGCCAUUUCAUCCAGUCCCAGCCCAGUUUCCAUACGCCCAGCAAUGAGAUGAACAAGCCAAAUAAUCUCAUCUCACCAGCUUCAACUACUGGACCAUCAGUGACCCCAGCUCAGCCUGCACCCAUCCAAACGGCAAUGUGUUCUAGGGUAACUUUGAUUCCCAAAGUACAGAGUACUCCAAACAAUGAGAAACUAUCACCAGCAGCGUUCCUAUCAUCUGUUCUGCCUUCACUUCAAAGCUCCCAGGCAAAAUGCAUUUCUGUACCUCAGUCACCAUCUCCUAGGCGCUUCCCCCGAUCACCCAGCCCACAGCCAAAGACCAAAGAAGAACCUCCGUCUUUUCCAUGUCAGUCGCUGAAUCAUCCUCCUUUAGCUGCUCCACCCCGCAUAUCUCCAAAUACCCUGUUAACAUCUGCUCCACCUCUACAGUCUCCACCCAUGUCCCAAAUUACCUACACACAUAAUAUUUUGCCAAAGCCAAUUCUGAAGAAGACGGUUUCCCGCCCAGCAUCUCGCACCACAGAUGAAGAGAUUCAAGGCUCAAAAGAUGCUCUUAUCCAAGACCUGGAGAAGAAGCUACGAAGCAAAGCUCCUCCACAAAGGAACAGUCAGCAGAAGAUAUCUUAUGAAGAGCGUAUGGCUAGAAGGUUGCUGGGUUCAGAUAAUGCUGCCUCAGUCUUUGAUCUUGAAAAUUCCUUCAGUGUACUGCCUGCACAGCCAGGCUCUCCAGAAGCUCAUCACCCUGGAGGAAUAUGGUCUAGGAAGAAUCAUUCUGGAGUAGAUGGUACAGAGGCGUCCACCAUCCAGGAGAAAUGUUUUGCCCCCCGUUUUGUCCAAGUGCCUCAAGAUCUCACUGUUGAAGAGGGACGAUUCUGCAGAAUUGAUUUCAAGGUUGUAGGUUUGCCGACCCCAGAUAUUUCUUGGUAUCUGGAUGGGAAACCCAUCCAGCCUGAUGAUUAUCAUAAAAUGCUGGUGUGUGAAAAGAGUGUCCACUCUUUCAUCAUUGAGAUAGUGACCAUUCACCAUGCAGGAGUUUAUGAAUGUGUAGCAAAGAACCGUGCUGGACAGAGCCGCUUCUCCCUGCGCUUGGAUGUGAUUGCUCAGGAGCAGUUGUGUCCUCCUUCAUUCAUGGUGAAGAUGAGGAAUUGUCGAGCUCUGGAGGGAGAUACAGUGAGGUUAGAGUCUAAGGUGUCUGCGUCUCCAGCACCACAGAUAUACUGGAAGAAAGACAAAGAGAUGCUGCGUAUUGACCCAAUGAGAAUGAGUCUUUCUCAGGACAGUUCAGGGAAGCAGUGUCUGAUCAUUGAUCCAGUGAUGAAAUCUGAUGCCGGAUGGUACACUGUAUCUGCCAUUAAUGAAGUGGGCAUGUCCAACUGCAAUGCCAGACUAGAUGUUGGCACUCGCUUGAACAAGACUGCCUCUCCCGCCAAGCCACUGAAAAUGCUUCCCAUGGUCAGUCAGUUCUCCACUUUGAGGACAGAGCCUCUACCUCGGCAUACCGCCCCUCUAUAUGAGAGUGAAGAACUAUAGGAGCCCAUAUCACGCAUAUAUUCAUGAGAGUAAGAUAUAAUAUUAUGUGGUUGUUUUUCUCUGUAAAGGAGCUGGUUGCUCAUUUAGCUCCCUCCUAAUCUUUUAUUUAUUCAUCAAAUGCACUUCAGCCAGUGCCUCUGAUGUUUUCCCAAGUAAUGAUUAGAAAUAUAUUUACCAUUCCAGUGGAAUCAACAGGCUCAUCUUAGCAUGACUUCUCAUGCUGGUUUGGUUGGAAAAGUAUUAUGUGCCUCAUGUAGAGUUGAAUAUUUAUGACGCCCAAUACUAGUAAAAAUGUAUCUUAUGUUGCUUGUUUGGUUAUGCAUAAAUUAGAGUUUAAGAAUGCUUUGGCCAUAAUUUAUGUUGAUGCAAUGUCUCAGUGGAACUGCCUUUGUGGAAGUUGAAUAUAAUGUGUGCAAAGUAAUUCACCGAUACACUUCGAGGUACAUUAUCACAAUGUUAUACAUUUCAAAAAUUUGUGGAAUUAUGGAUUUGCAUCUAGAACAGAAGGAUCAGUCUAAAACAUACAGAACAGGCAAAGAAACUGUGUGUAUUAUAUAUGAUGAAUAUUUGAGUAAACCAUUUUGUGACAAUACCUACA